CAGAGGAGGAAUUCAUAGCCAAAGGAAUCAUCCUUAAUCCAACUACUGUUUCUGCAUAUGUGUCCGUUGUUGUAGCUUCACCACCCUAGCUAGCCACCAAUCCAAAAAAAAUAAUUAAACUCAACAUGUCAGCCGCCGUAGCAGCCGCCGCCGCCGCCGCCGCCGCAAGAGUCUCGUCUAACCGCAGGUCUCAUUAUCGAAGUAAUCAGCAGGCAGUGAACCAUCAACGUUGGACACCCUUUUUCCCACCAUCGCCACAACCCGCCCUGCUCGUCCCGGCUUUUAGCCGCUAUGAAUCACAGAAACAACGUGACUGGAACGCGUUCGUGCAGUACCUGAAGAUUCAUCAUCCACACUUGCAUCUUCCCCAGUGCAGCGGCGUACACGUGCUCGAAUUCUUGGAAGGUCGGUACGGGGACACCAAAAUCCACACCCAAAACUGUACCUUUUCGGUGAACCGGCCUGAACCACCACCGCCAUGCUCUUGCCCUCUCAAUGAAGCUUGGAGCAGCUUGGACGGUCUGGUCGGACGGCUCCUUGUGGCUUUUGAGGAGAACGUAGGCCAACCGGAGAUGAACCCUUUCAGUGCUCGAAUUGUAAAGCUGUACCUGAGGAAAGCGAAGGAGUCUGAAGCUAAUGCUAGAGGACAUAGAUUAUAGCUUAAAAACAAAGAA